GGGAAAAGGUGAGGGCGGGGGGACAGCAGCCAGCAACAGCCAUGCUGCCCGGGGUGGGCGUGUUCGGCACCAGCCUGACCGCCCGGGUCAUCAUCCCGCUGCUAAAGGACGAGGGCUUCGCGGUCAAGGCGCUCUGGGGCCGCACUCAGGAAGAGGCGGAAGAGCUGGCCAAGGAGAUGAGCGUCCCCUUCUACACCAGCCGGAUAGACGAGGUCUUGCUGCAUCAGGAUGUGGAUUUGGUCUGCAUCAACCUGCCGCCUCCUCUGACCAGGCAGAUCGCGGUGAAAACUCUGGGGAUUGGGAAGAAUGUCAUUUGUGAUAGAACAGCCACUCCGCUGGAUGCCUUUAGGAUGAUGACAGCUGCCCACUAUUAUCCCAAGCUCAUGAGCAUCAUGGGCAAUGUUCUCCGUUUCCUGCCUGCCUUUGUGAAGAUGAAGCAGCUGAUCCAAGAGGGCUAUGUGGGAGAACUGCUUGUGUGUGAGGUACAGGUUCACAGUGGGAGCCUGCUGGGGAAGAAAUAUAACUGGAGCUGCGAUGACCUGAUGGGAGGUGGAGGGUUGCAUUCUGUUGGUACCUACAUCAUUGAUCUCUUGACCUUCCUCACCAGUCAGAAAGCAGUGAAAGUUCAUGGACUUCUUAAGACCUUUGUGAAACAGACAGACCAUAUUAAGGGAAUUCGGCAAAUUACGAGUGAUGACUUCUGUACAUUUCAAAUGGUCUUAGAAGGUGGAGUGUGCUGCACUGUUACCCUUAAUUUCAACAUGCCCGGGGAAUUUAAACAAGAUAUUGUUGUGAUUGGAUCAAGUGGGCGGCUGAUUGCAGUUGGCACUGAUUUGUAUGGACAAAGCAAUAACUCCCCACAAAAAGAGCUCCUUUUGAAAGAUUCUUCCCCGGUCAGCAAUGCCUUGUUACCUGAGAAGGCCUUCAGUGACAUCCCAUCUCCGUACCUUCGGGGUACCAUAAAGAUGGUACAAGCAGUCAGGGAGGCAUUUGAAGAUCAGGAUGACAGACGAACCUGGGAUGGCCGGCCACUCACAAUGGCUGCAACUUUUGAUGACUGUCUCUAUGCUUUGUGUGUGGUGGACACCAUUAAGAGAUCCAACCAGCUGGGUGAAUGGCAGAACAUCGUGAUUAUGACUGAAGAACCGGAACUGAGUCCUGCUUACUUGAUCAGUGAGGCCAUGCGGCGGAGCAGGAUGUCUCUGUACUGCUAGCUUUUGUCUUGUCUUGGGAGGAAAAGGAAGUAAAUUGAUUCAGUUUUUUCCUGACAGAAAUAUGAUUACACAUCUCAGACCUGGACAAGGGAAACAGUUUAAGGAAACAAUAAUUGUUGCUUAAACCACAUUACCUAGUUGGUGCUGAAAUAGAUGCAUUUGAAAUGCUUGUAGCACAUAGUAGUUGCAGAUCCUUAUGAAGGAAAAAUGUGCAUUAACUUUUUACAACAUAUUAGGAAGGUAAAUCAUAAUCAGUCUGCAAUCUGUUGGAGCAUGGCUGAUUCAGUUGUGUUUACUGUUAAAAAAAAAAGAUUCAGGAAGGUCCGGUUGGACAAGACAACAGGCCAUAAAGAUGCUUGAAUCAGAAACCUGUGUAGGUUGCACAGGCUUACCCACAGCUUCAAGGAGCUCCACUAAUAAAAGCAUGCUACUCUAUUCUUACUCUGUUAAAUAACCCAUUGCAUCUACAUUAGUUAAAAGAUACAAUAAGACCUUUUGGCAUGAAUAUGUUAUCUGAUCUCAAAACUCCCUGACAGCUUGGUUUUCAUAGCUAACAUUAAUGAUGUUUUUGGAUUUUUUUCCUUUUUCUAUGGAAUGUAACUUGAACAAGUAGGGUUUUUUUCCCCCCAAUUCAGAUUGCUCCAAAUUCAUAGUACAUUCCACUUCAGGUUCCAGAUGCACAGGCUCAGCAGGCUUUGAUUCAAAGUACAACAAUCUCUAUAAAAAAAUAGAAUUGGGCGAAAAUUAGUUUUAGGGUAGGUACAUGUUUGAUGAGCUUUGAUUCCUGGUAAAUUCCAGGGUGAUGUUUGCUAAUCUAUCAGAGCAAAAUCAAGCAUGAAUCCUGCGAUACCUUAAUAUGUUUAUUGUAGCAUAAAUUUUCACAGACUGGGCCUUCUUUUGUUAAAAGCAUGAAGUAGUCUUAUCUGAUAAAGUGGAUUUCGUUGCAAAAAGA